AGUCCAAGAAUUAUUAAAACAGACAGCCGUCUCAACCGCUAGUUUAAAUUGGAAUCGUCAUUGCGGAAAUCUCGCUAGGCCCUCAUUUCGACAUGUCGCGCGAGGUUAGCUUCAGUCGCCAAUCCUUGGAGCUACGCAGUCAGGAAUCCUCAUUACUACCCGCCAUCAGCGCUAAUGCCGGCGGUGAUGUGAGUGUCAGCAACACAGACACAUUGGCCACGGCGGCCAGCACCACCUCGGCCGCCUCUGCUGCGGUGCCAGCCAAUAAUAAUGCCGGUUUGGGCGUCUCACAGCGUCGCCGCCAGCGCAAAGGCAUCACACAGCGACAGGAUUCAUGGUUUCGGCAUUCAAUGCCACCAGCUUUGACGCGCGAUUUCGAGUCCAUCGAGAAUUUGGCGCAGAACACCACAAAUGGUUUGGACGAACAGUUGGCCGCCUCGCUAUCGGGCCGUUUCGGCGCAUCCACGUCAGCGUCUUUGGCCGCUUCGGCGGCGCACAGUGGCGGUAGUGGCAGUUUGACAGUGUGCGGCUUUGGCAUCGGCGGUCUCGGUGGUUUCGGUGGCAGCGGACAGAGUGGUAGUGGCGGUGGUGGUGGUGGUGGUGGUGUGGGCGGUAAUCGUUUCAGCGGCGGCAUCAAUCUCAAUAGUGCCAAUAGUAAUUUGGGUUUCAUCGAUUCGGAUGAAUCGAACUUGCAUACACCGAUUACACCGCUCGCCUCGCAUUCGGCGUCCAUUUAUGGUGGUUUGCAACAGCAAGGCUCGGUGUCGGCCGCCUCUGUAGCGGGUACGCUGUCAUCGUCGAAUGCAAUGGGUAAUGGUGGUAGUGCUGGUGGCGGUGGUGUAUGCCGUCGGCAUAGAUCGAAGCGACGUAAGGAUUCGCGUGCGUCGGUGUUGUCAAAACAAAGCGGUAACAGUGUACGGAGUCGCGCCUCAGCGUUGGCCGCGCGUGCUGGUCUACACAUGACGGCGUCUUUCUUGCGCAAGAAACGAAAGGAAUAUGAAGACGAUGAGGACCUCACUUCAACAGCGGCUGCGGCCGAUGAUACGGAUAGACGAAUAAUAUUUUUGAAUCGACCGCAAAUACAGAAGUUUUGCAACAAUCACAUAUCAACUGCGAAAUAUAGUUUUAUAAGCUUUUUACCAUCGUUCCUUUUUGAACAAUUUAGACGAUAUUCAAAUUGUUUUUUCCUAUUAAUUGCAUUAUUACAACAAAUUCCUGAUGUCUCACCGACGGGUCGCUACACAACUCUGGUACCGUUAAUAUUUAUUUUAUCUGUGAGCGGUAUCAAAGAGAUCGUCGAAGACAUUAAACGUCAUCGUGCGGAUAAUGAAAUCAAUCAUCGUAUGGUGGAGGUGUUACGCGAUGGCGCUUGGACUUCGGUGCGAUGGCGAGAUAUCGGUGUUGGCGAUAUUGUAAAAAUACCCAAUAAUAUAUUCUUUCCCGCUGAUAUAUUGUUGUUGUCGUCGAGUGAACCGCAAGCGAUGUGCUUCAUCGAAACCGCAAAUUUAGAUGGUGAAACCAAUCUAAAGAUACGCCAGGGUGUGCCAGCGACUGCUAAAUGCCUGGAAACUAAGGAUCUGCUGCAGCUGGACGGCACCGUGGAAUGCGAGCUGCCAAAUCGACAUUUGUACGAAUUCAAUGGCGUACUCAAGGAGAAUAAUAAGCCCACCGUUGCCCUCGGCCCGGAUCAGAUUUUGCAGCGCGGCGCCGUUUUACGCAACACCGCUUGGAUAUUCGGCGUUGUCGUCUACACCGGACACGAUACGAAACUUAUGAAAAACUCUACCUCAGCGCCAUUAAAACGCUCAACCGUCGACACUGUGACGAAUACGCAGAUAUUGAUGCUCUUCGUUAUAUUGGUCGUUUUAUCGUUGACCAGUGCGAUAUUGAACUUUUUCUGGACGCGCGACUAUGCGAAAAUGUUUUGGUAUUUGGGCAUAAGUGAGGACAUUAAAAGUAAAAACGUUGGCUAUAAUUUGUUGACAUUCUUUAUUCUCUACAAUAAUCUUAUACCGAUAUCUUUACAAGUGACUUUGGAAUUAGUACGUUUUUUACAAGCCAUCUUCAUAAACUUCGACAUACACAUGUACUAUGCGGAAACCGAUACGCCGGCCAUGGCGCGCACUUCGAACCUCAAUGAAGAACUGGGCAUGGUGAAGUAUAUAUUCUCUGACAAGACCGGCACACUAACGCGCAAUGUGAUGGUGUUCAAAAAGUGUUCGGUGGCGCGUUAUAUGUACGAACCAGCAAACGCACCCGAGGAUUCGACGAUUGUGCAGAAUUUACUCGGCAAUCACAACACCGCGCCCAUCAUCAAAGAAUUCCUCACAUUACUCGCCGUUUGUCACACGGUCAUACCGGAAAAAUUCGAUGACGGCUCUAUUAUCUAUCACGCCGCCAGUCCCGACGAGCGUGCCAUCAUUGAGGGUGCGCGCAUGUUCGGCUACAUCUUCGAGUCGCGCACACCACACUAUGUGGAGAUUAAUGCGCUCGGCACUAUCGAGCGCUACGAGAUACUCAAUGUACUCGAAUUCACUUCGACGCGCAAGAGGAUGUCGGUCAUAGUGCGUGCGCCAACCGGUGAGAUUAAACUGUAUUGUAAAGGUGCCGAUACGGUGAUCUAUGAGCGUCUCUCACCCGAUGGUCAAAUGUAUCGUGAUGCGACUUUGCAUCAUCUGGAAGAAUUCGCUUCGGAGGGCUUACGUACCUUGUGCUGUGCCGUUUCGGUGAUACCGGAGGAUGUAUAUAAUGAGUGGAAGGAGACGUAUCACAAGGCGUCGACGGCGUUGCAGUAUCGUGAGCGCAAAGUGGAGGAUGCCUCCAAUUUGAUUGAGAACAAUCUGAUAUUAUUGGGUGCGACCGCUAUUGAAGACAAACUGCAGGAGGGUGUGCCGGAGACGAUAGCCUCACUGUUGGAGGCGGGCAUUUACAUUUGGGUGCUGACGGGCGAUAAGCAGGAGACAGCGAUCAACAUCGGCUACUCGUGCAAACUUAUUUCACACUCAAUGGAUAUUAUUAUACUCAAUGAGGGCAGUUUAGAUGCCACACGUGAUAUUAUACACCGCCACGUGGACGAGCUGAAAAGCACUGACAUGAAAGAGUGCAAUGUGGCGCUGGUAAUCGAUGGCCAGACAUUGAAGUAUGCUUUAAGCUGUGAUCUGAAGCAGGAAUUUUUAGAACUCUGCUUGGUGUGUCGUGUGGUGAUCUGCUGUCGCGUCUCACCAAUGCAAAAGGCGGAGAUCGUUGAAUCCGUCACACAAUCCACUGGCGCCGUGACACUAGCCAUUGGUGAUGGCGCCAACGAUGUGGCCAUGAUACAGAAAUCUCAUGUCGGUGUUGGUAUUUCGGGCGUUGAAGGGCUGCAGGCAGCUUGCGCUUCAGACUAUUCGAUCGCACAAUUUCGUUACUUGAAACGUUUGUUGUUGGUGCAUGGCGCCUGGAAUUAUAGUCGCAUUACAAAAUUGAUCCUCUACAGUUUCUACAAGAAUGUCUGUUUGUAUGUGAUUGAGCUGUGGUUCGCCAUCUACUCGGGUUGGUCGGGUCAAAUUCUGUUCGAACGUUGGACGAUCGGUUUAUAUAAUGUUAUGUUUACCGCUUUGCCGCCAUUCGCAUUGGGUCUCUUCGAUAAAGUUUGUUCAGCCGAAACGAUGCUGAAAUAUCCGCAAUUGUAUAAACCAUCACAGGAUGCGAAGCUCUUCAAUGUCAAGGUGUUUUGGGUGUGGAUAUUCAAUGCACUUUCGCAUUCGGUAUCGCUCUUCUGGCUGCCGAUGCUGAUGACGACGAUGUCCGUGUGGCCGGAUGGCAAAACAAGUGAUUACCUCUUUUUGGGCAAUAUCGUGUACACGUAUGUCGUCGUAACUGUCUGUCUAAAGGCCGGCCUUAUCACCAAUUCAUGGACCUGGAUGACACACGCCUCCAUUUGGGGCUCAAUUGCUAUGUGGUUCCUAUUCAUGGUGAUCUAUAGCAACUUCUGGCCCACCAUAAUGUUGGCGCCCAUCUUUUUGGGCAUGGAUCGUAUGGUAUUUUCGACAAUCGUUUUCUGGCUGGGCCUCUUGCUCAUACCCAUAACGACGCUCCUGCCCGAUAUUCUAUUCACAAUCGUGCAUAAUACGGUAUUCAAGUCACUCACGGAAGCCGUACGCGAGUCAGAGAUACGGCGUUACGAUCCGGAGAAUGUGAUACGAGAAUCGAAAACAUCACUCAGUGAAACGGCGAGGCUGCUGCGUAGCGUUUUUACGCGUCGUGCCAAUACCAGAGUCGAAACGGAACUAGAACUGUCGCACGGUUACGCUUUCUCCCAAGAGGAAGGUGGUGCAGUGCCACAAUCCGUCGUUAUACGCGCGUACGACACGAAUUUGCCGAAACCGGAGGGCAACUAAGCGCAUGAAACUACACAAAAACUGCUACUGGUUAUGGAGGAGACAAAAGCAAUGUGGAGGAAACGUACGCUGUGUUAGAGUAAAACUGAUAACGAUGAAGAUCAUUGCAGAGUGUAAGCAAAGUGGAUGCGGUGGGGAUAGCCACGCAAGGGAUGGUGUGAUUCAACUCGCAAUGAUUAAUGUGCGAUCCAAACCAAGCACAUUUUUCAGUUCACCGAAAUAUUAGUAAAAUUGCAAGCAUUCGAAGAAUAUCACACAAAAUACUUGCAAGUAUAGCAAAAAAUUCAACUAUUGUAUAUUAAAAAAAAAUUGUUUUCAAAUCCCCAACACAAAAGGCCAAAAAUAGUCAAAAAAGAACAAGCACCUUUUUGACAGCCAAAGCAGCUGUCAAAACGUCAGUCAUAACAUAAAUGUAUUCAAACAGAAAUUAUGCGAAAUAUUCAAGAAAACUAACUGUGAAAAGAUAACAUUUUAUUGAAAAUCAGAAGCUUAACAAGAACACACAUUUUUAGCAUACUAAGUUCAAAUCUAGCAUAUUAAGAGCAAACUUUAUUCUAUUUAUAUAAUAUUAGUCUAAGCCAAAGAGGAAAAGUGAAAAUUCAUGCAUAAUGAACAGCAUAAAUAUAGUUAUCAAGUGAAAAGUGGAAGCUUUCUUCUUUAUUGGCGUAUAAGUGGUAGCAUUAUGCAGUCAAAAUGCCAUCAAUGUGGCAUCAAUAUUUAAAGUGGCAUUAUAAUUAUAAUUAUGAUUACUAUUGUGUGCAUUACUAAACCGAUAACUGACUAUGUCAUAUGACUUUAAUUAUUAACCGUUAUACUUAACUAGUUAAUUGUUUUCUUAAUUUGUGUAUAAUAAAUAUGCUUGUAAAAUAACUAAAAUUAUAAGUAAGACACACUGUAAAAAAUAAAUUAAUAUUCUCGCAAAUAAAAAAUUGUAAAAUAAAAAAAUUGUCGAAGAAAGUUGAAAAUUAUGAAAAAUUCAUAUAAUUGAGAAGGCAUAUAAAGCACGAAAAAAAAGUCGAAAACAAUAUAAGCAUUUUUGAUUUAUGAAAGCAACAGCAAAUAACGUGCAAAUAUUUGCUUAGGUGUUCCUAAUAAUAUUGAUAAUAUUUUUUAUACCGUUAAAAAGUAUAAUUUUUAUUAGUUUGAACUUAAAAAAGUUCAAAAUUUAUUUAGGAAUAAUUUAAAGGCGUAAUUAUAUCAACGAAUAUCAAAUUUAGUCAAAUUCUGUUGUAGACAAUUUAAAACUGUUAAAAAGACCUUUAUUAAAUGCUUUACUAACCGCAAAAUAUGCUGUCGUUUAGGUGUUUACUGUUGCCACUUUUGUAACUAUAAUAAAAUAAA